GCCGGCGGGGGGCGGCGGCGCCUCCUCCUCCUCCUCCUCCUCCUCCUCCACCACCACCACCACCACCUCCACCUCCUCCUCUUCGUCCUCCUCUUCGGACAUGUCGACCGCGGCUGUGGCGGUGGCGGCCGCUUCCCGGCGGCAGUCAUGUUACUUGUGUGACCUGCCCCGCAUGCCCUGGGCCAUGAUCUGGGACUUCACCGAGCCCGUAUGCCGAGGCUGCGUCAACUACGAGGGCGCUGACCGGGUCGAGUUUGUCAUCGAGACGGCGCGGCAGCUCAAGCGGGCGCACGGCUGUUUCCCGGAGGGCCGCUCUCCGCCCGGCUCGGCCACGGCGGCCGCAUCGAAGCCGCCUCCACUCUCCACCAAGGACAUCCUCCUGCAGCAACAGCAGCAGCAGCAGCAGCUGGGCCACGGCACUGCCGGCGUUGCUGAGGCGGCCUCGCGGGCCCCGCAGGGCCUGGAACGCUACCCCCUGGCGCCCGCCGCCGCCACUGCCGAACGGGCUCCCCCGAGACUGGGCUCCGAGUACGGAACGGGCCGCCAGCCUGCGGGCGGGCCUACGACCCCGCAGCCGCAGCAGCAGCCGCCGCCCCCGCCUCAGCAGCAGCAAGUGAACGGCAUCCUGGUGCCCAAUGGCUUCUCCAAGCUGGAGGAGCCGCCCGAGCUCAACCGCCAGAGCCCCAACCCGCGGCGCAGCCACGCGGUGCCCCCCACCCUGGUGCCGCUGAUGAACGGCUCCGCCGCGCCGCUUCCCGCGGCUCUGAGUCUCGGCGGCCGUGCCGCCGCAGCCUCGCUCGCUGCCAUCUCCAGUAACGCCGGGCCCCCCCUGGGCCCCGCGCAGUCCGCGGAGCUGAGCGGACACAAGCGGCCCAGCUCGGUGUCCGGCGGCGGAGGCGGAGGCGGCGCGGGGACCGAGCAUGAGCCGCGGGAGGCAGCCAAGGAGAAGCAGCCCCAGGCUGCUCACCGGGGUCCCGCGGACAACCUGGCGGCCACCGCGGCUGCCGUCUCAGUGCCGGGCGCGGCUGAACUCGGCGGGGAGGGAGGAGGCAAGGGCCGGGGGCCCGGGGAGCAGGACUGGGUGAACAAGCCUAAGACGGUGCGGGACACGCUGCUGGCGCUGCAUCAGCACGGCCACUCGGGGCCCUUCGAGAGCAAGUUCAAGAAGGAGCCGGCCAUGGCCCCUACCAGGAUGCUGGGCUUCGAGGCCAACGGCGCCAACGGGGCCAAAGCAGUUGCUCGUACAGCGAGGAAGAGGAAACCUUCCCCAGAACCGGAAGGUGAAGUUGGUCCUCCCAAGAUCAAUGGAGAGGCACAGCCAUGGUUAACAACCCAAACAGAAGGGAUGAAAAUCCCCAUGACUCCCACGCCGUUUGUGUCUCCACCACCACCCACUGUCUCACCUCAUUCCAACCGGACCACACCGCCAGAAGCGGCUCAGAAUGGUCAGUCCCCCAUGGCAGCUCUGAUCUUAGUAGCAGACAAUGCAGGGGGCAAUCACGCCUCCAAAGAUGCCAACCAAGUUCACUCCACUACCAGGAGGAAUAGCAACAGUCCACCUUCCCCAUCCUCUAUGAACCAAAGAAGGCUGGGCCCCAGAGAAGUGGGGAACCAGGGGUCCAGCACUGGGGGACUGGAACCGGUACACCCCGCCAGCCUCCCGGACUCCUCUCUGGCGGCUAGUGCCCCACUGUGUUGCACCCUGUGCCAUGAGCGUCUCGAGGACACCCACUUCGUACAGUGCCCCUCGGUUCCUUCGCACAAGUUUUGCUUUCCUUGCUCCAGACAAAGCAUCAAACAGCAGGGAGCUAGUGGAGAGGUCUAUUGUCCCAGUGGGGAGAAAUGCCCUCUGGUGGGCUCCAAUGUCCCUUGGGCCUUUAUGCAGGGGGAAAUUGCGACCAUUCUUGCUGGAGAUGUGAAAGUGAAAAAAGAAAGAGACUCGUGACUUUUCCAGUUUCAGAAAAACCCAAUGAUCACCCUUAUCUAAAACUGCUUGAAUUGUGUAUAUAUCUCUCUCUAUAUAUAUAUCCAAGACAAGGGAAAUGUAGACUUCAUAAACAUGGCUGUAUAAUUUUGAUUUUUUUUGAAUACAUUGUGUUUCUAUAUUUUUUUUUUGACGACAAAAGGUAUGUACUUAUAGAGGCAUUUUCCUCUUUUGUUAACGUUAUUAGCAGAUCUUUGUGCUUUAUUAUCCUGGUGACAGUUACUGUUUAAUGUAGGCUGUGACUUGCGCUGCUUUUUAGAGCACUUGGCAAACCAGAAAUGCUUCUAGCUGUAUUUGUAUGCACUUGUUUUAAAAAGAAAAAAAAGCCAAAUACAUUUUCUGACAUUGUAAGAUCGCCUUACUGUCUGUUAUUCCUUAUUCUUGGCCCCUUUCUUUAAUCGAAAAGGAGGCAGAAUAACUGAGAAGGAAAGCAAAUGGAAGGGACAAGAUGGUUAAGUGGGGGUAUCACUAUAGGAAAUAACAAAGGGGUUCACAUCUAAACAUUGUCCUUGUAUAGUAAUAAAAAAGUAGACUGAAUUUUUCUGUACUACUUAAAGUUCAAUUCUUGGGCCAUAGGGUGACUUGUCUGAGAGGCGCUGCUGAGUUAGGGAUUUCUGGGAUUGUAUUGCGUGGUGUGUGUGUGGUUUUUGUUGUUGUUGUUGGGUUUUUUGUUUUUUGGGGGAGGGGUUUGGAUUUUUUUGGUGUGUUUUUAAAAAGCAAACGACCACUGUUCACGUGAUCAGUUGUAAGAUUACAAAGCUGCAUGCUUUAGUUUAUUACAUAAUGUACAAUUUCAGUGAUGGAAAGCAAUUAUAAUUGAUUGUGGUGUAUACAGCAUGGCACUGCCAUCUUUGAAAAGAUCCUAGCUCUGCAGCGCCACUUUAUAUUUUUUUAAACAACGCCCUAGAAACUCUCGUUUUUGUUUUUUUGUUUUUCCUUUGAGAGAAGUCACAAGAGAAGUUGUAGUGUAGUGAACUUUGAAAUUAUUGGGGUGGGGAGGGAGGGGGGAAUCAUCAGUUACCUGUAGUAUUGUUGCUAUUGAUGCUAUCAUCUACAUCCUAUUUCCAGUUAGUGGUAAAUACAGUGUGGUACAAUGACAGCAGCAACUGAGGUUCUGCCAGAAUUGCCUCCAGGCAUAUCAGUGACAGCCCAAAUGUGGGUGGAGGAAACCUGUAAUUUCCUUCUUACAUGUGUUUGAAACACAAAGUGAAUAAAUAAUAUUGUUCUGAAAAGUGAUCAAAUAAAAUACUGAAAAUGAAAGAAAUUAAGAAUUUUACAUAAGACAUACCCCAUUUUAAAAACUAUUUUUGGAAACUUUUUGUAAAUUGAAUUUCUUUUGAUCAAAAUUUUGCAUCAGUAAAUGAUUUUUUUGAAACCAAUAAAUCAGUUAUUAGAAAUAGUUGUGUUACAUUGUACUGGGGGAGGGGGAGGGGGGGAAAGUGUGUGCUAUUAUACAUAAUAUUAUCAGGAACAGUAUUUCAAAAUCCUCUUGGUCUAGUGUUUCAAAGUUGACCAUUAAAAAAAAAGAUUAGUCUCUUGAAGAACUGAAGGGCCUACUUGGACAGUUUUUGUGUUCACAUUCGUACCUGCACAACUUUUAUUUUGAAAAAUACAAAAUUUACCAGCUUUUAGAUUGUCUUCAGUUAAUUUUUUUAAAAAAUUCUGACAUUUAUACAGAAUUCAGUGGAUGAAAUUUUUAAAAAACCAUGGGUCAAGUUGUUAACACUUGAACAUCAGAUACUGUACCAAGUAGAGCAUUUUUUCUUACUGUUUUUAAUGACUACACUCGAAUUAAUCCUGUCCAGAUCCCUAUUAUAUCCAUAUUAUCAUUAUGACAAUAUAUGCAGACUUGAAUGAUUAACCAAUUUAAGUAAUUUUUAUGCUUUUUACAAAACUGAAGUAUAUUUGACUGUCAAUCCAGACCAGUCUGUUAUGUAAACACAAUGCAGAAACACAUAUAGGCAGUUUUAAAUGCACAUAAACACAGCUGUAAAGAAUUCUUUGGAACCAUGUUGGUCUGUUGUUUAAAUGUUCAUCUAGAUACUUUAUUAAAAAGUGGAUUUUGGCUCACAGAUAUAACAAGUUAGGCAGUCAGUUGACCCAGUGUGUUGUAGCUAUCUGUAGUCUUGCAAUCUUAAUACAGAUGUUCCUACAGAAAGUGAAUAACCAUUUCUUGCUGUUUAGAUAAGACUUCAUCCAGCUGUGGAACCAGUAACUAAAGGUUUCUCUGGGCUGAUGUUACAGUGGAAGAGAGUUUGAGACUUGAUCAAAAUGUCUCCUGCAAAAGGUCUGAGUAGCAUUUGUACAAGAUUUCAUGGAAUUCUUUUAGUUGGGUAGUAUUAAUAUCUUUGUUAUUUUCUGGCAUUCAUUUAUGUAUUUAAAAGCCCAGGAAUUGUUGGGACCAGACCUUGCUUGACUUUUUAUUGUACCUGAUGACAGUGCAGAAGGAACUUCCACAGCUGGAUAAGAAAUGUCAGUGAUCUACCAUACCUAGGCAGUAUCAAAUUUCCAAUUCUAAUAGCUCAGCAAUGUUUUCAGCACUAAUAACAAAAUUUGGGGGGUAGGGGGAGUGUUGUACCUAUCUCUUUAUGCACUAGCAGUUUCUUAAAUUAAACAUGUACCAUCUCUAAUGUGUCCUUCUAUUAAACUUUAUGACAAUGUACAGAUAGAUGGUUUACAACUUUUUGUGAUAAAACUUCCCUUGGCCAGCAAGUCUUUGAAAGGUGCCUCAUUUUGUACCACCUUUUAACCUUUGGUUUUUUCAUUUAGAGGAAAACAGUUGAAAGGGAUACAAAUUUUUUUCUUGACUUGGUAGUGAUAACAAAAUGAGUGUGAAAUCUUUGCUAUCACCAUUAUAGCCUACAAUUUCUCAUUAGACUUUCACCCAUACUGUCAUUUGUUAUAUUAAUAAUUAAAAAUUUUAGCAUUAAAUAAAAUGACAUUGGGAGCGAU